UGUUUGUUAUGACUCACGAACUCCUAAACAAAACAAUACGGCCCAAAAGUCUGCAAGUCUUUUUCAGUGGAAAAACCAUUUUCGCAUUCAGCCAUUCAGCCAUAUGUUAUUAUUAGUGCUGAUUCAAACCGUCAUCUGAGGGGCGUGGGCGACACCAUACAUUAAUAAGAGAAGUGACGUGCUUAGUUUGGAAGUUAGUGACAUUUCACAGAAAGAACCGUACAGCUACAGUCUGCAGUUGCUGCUUCUAGUAUAAGUAAAGUUCUACCAUUUUGAAGCUUCAAAAUGAUAUGUUGUGGUUUGAUAAUUGAACGUGCCGAACGUGAGUCAAUUCCGGUUCCUUUGAUUGGGGUUUCGGUUCAGGCUCGAAUCGUCGAUUUGGUUGCCGAGGUCACCAUUGAGCAACGAUAUGUCAACAAGGAAAAUCAACCCAUUGAAGCAGUUUAUCUCUUUCCUCUUGAUGAAGGGGCUGGAGUUUCUAAGUUCACUGCCGAAGUAGAUGGGCGUGUAAUCGAAGGUGUCGUAAAGGAAACGGAACAAGCUAAAACCGAUUAUGACGAAGCAAUUAAGAGCGGACACUCAGCAUUUUUAGUUGAAGAAAAAUUGCCGGAUGUCUUCAAGGCUAAAAUUGGUAACUUGGCACCUGGGUCUGGAGCCAAAAUCCGCCUGACUUAUGUCACAGAAUUGAAAGUAGAGGGUAAAGAAAUUCGGUUUUACUUACCCACUACAAUCGCUCCUCGUUACAUUCCUCCAACCGAUAAAUCCAGCACUGCAGCCGAUCUAGCUUCAAUCAAAUAUUCAACGGAAUCGAAUUAUCAAGUGGAUUUUAACGCAACUGUGCAAAUGGCUUCAGCCAUCACAGAAAUUCGCUCUCCGACCCACAAAAUCGCUGUUACUCGAGACGCUGUCAAUAAGCCUCAAUAUGGGACAUUACGAUUCGACAAUGUUGUGACCUCCAUGGAUCGAGACCUCGUCGUUUACAUUCAAGUUGCCGAGCCAAACCAGCCACGACUUAUUUGCGAGAAAUCACCGAAGGGUACUGCUGCAUUGAUGCUAAGCUUAGUUCCCAGCUUCAAGUUGACCGAACAGAAGACAGAGUUGAUAUUUCUUGUGGACCGUUCGGGUUCUAUGGGUGGAUCAGGGAUUAAUCAGGCUAAACAGGCACUACAGCUUUUUCUCCAUUCACUACCUUUGGACUGCUACGUUAACAUUGCGGGUUUCGGAUCUUCGUACAAAGAACUUUUCCCCGCAAGCAAGAAAUAUGAUGAAUCCGUACUGAACCUGGCCAAGCAGCAUGUUGACAGUAUCGAUGCCAAUUUAGGCGGUACUGAAAUAUUUCAUCCGUUGGAAACGAUUUUCAAAAAACCAUCCAUCGAAGGCUACUUACGGCAAAUAUUUGUUCUAACGGAUGGAGAGGUCUCCAACGCAGAUGAAAUCUUAGGUCUAAUCCGCCGUCAAAAUGGGCAAGCGCGAGUUUUCGCCUUGGGUUUGGGGAGUAGCGCCAGUCAUUAUUUGGUUGAAGGCAUGGCACGAGCUGGUAAUGGAACUGCCCUAUUUGCGUCACUGGAAGAACGCCUGGAAAAGAAAGUCAUGCAACAGCUCCAGGACUCUUUGCAGCCAGCCCUUUCAGAUAUCAAUAUCAAAUGGGAUGGUCACGAGGAAACUGGGCAAAAGUUCACUACUGCCAAACCUGUACCCGUUCAAACAGAAAAGACUUUGAUGGGAUACGGUAAACCGCUGGAAUCGGCCAAGCCUGUUCCUACCGAGAAACCGCAACUGAAAUUCCGUCAAGCCCCGACCGCCGAUAUGGUUCCAGCAGUUUUUGACGGGAAGCAUCUGAUUGUGUACGCUCUUCUGACGGAAGAUGCUCACGUGCCAAAAUGGGCUGAAGUUAUUGCAAAAUCUCCUGUGGGUCCCCUAACUCUGAAAGUCCAUUUGAACGAAUCCAAUUCAGAGGAAGGACAACUUAUUCAUUGUUUAGCGGCAAAGAAAUUGAUCCAGGCCCUGCAAGACAGUGAAGGAGAUCCCGAUUCGAUUGAAGAUUCCAAGUCGACUGAGACUAAACAAGAAAUUAUUCAACUUGGCUGUCAAUACGGUUUGGCGUCUCGAUACACUUCUUAUGUUGCCGUUGAUCCCAAAGAGCAGAAGGAACUGAAGGAAUCCUGGAUGAUGAUGAAGUCGCGUGACGUCCCUGUUCAGUUAGCUCACGGUUGGGGUGGUUAUCAAGCACUUGGUUUUGCUGGUGGUUGUGGUCCAAUGAUGGGGCGCUCUAACUGUCCUCCUAUGGCAAUGGCUUGUCAUUACAGCCUUCCUCCAGGAAUAUAUACGGAUGGAGUUGAGCAAGUCGGCGGUGGCGGCGGCGAAGCGUAUGAAUCCUGCUCAGAUAACAUUGAGGAGUUGGACUGUGAAGUCGACGACGACUACAGUGUCAAUGACAUCCAGUGUACGUCUGAGGGAACUGAAAAUGAAACCAGCAACACAGACGACGACAAGUUGCUGAAACUCAUUACAUGCCAAAAUUUCGAUGGAUCGUUUAAAUUGGAAUCGGCGUUGGCUGAGCUUCUCGACACAACAUUGGAGGACAUCAAACAAGCCGCAGAAAAGAAUUCGUACUCUGAACAAGUUUGGGCAACCGCUGUCGCUCUGGCGUUCAUGGGGAUCGCCCUAGCUGACCUGCAGACCACAUGGAUGUUGGUAGCCAAGAAAGCUGAAAAUUGGAUCCGCUCGUCUGGCAAACUGACCGGAGACGAAAUCGCAUGCACAAGCGCAGCCCAGGAAUACGUCAAAGCCAAAUUAAGUUUGUAAAUCCUGCGUCUUUGACAGCAACAUUGAAAUCCAGCCAUGCAAGUACUGCACAAUUAGUAAUAUGCUAAUAUCAUUACUAAACAGUAUUAUUCAGUAUUUUGUGUGAUUUGUUUAUUCUAUCUACAGUGUGAUAAUUUCAUUUAUCCUUUUCUAUAAUCUAUUCACGUCAAUUGAUUUUCACUGUUUUGGGUUACAACGAAAUACAAACCAAGUUAUAAAUAUGA